AUGUCCUCUGGCAGCAAUCGGGAAUGUGGUUCGAUGAGACAAGUGAGAGGAUCAUGGCGGAGGCAGACUUUCGCCAAUACUGUAUACUACGGCAUUACAGUCCCGUAUGGUAUUACAGCGGAACACUCGAAGGAGUUACACCAAGACGGUUUUAUUUGGGACAGCUACGGCGGUGUGGAUGAGCCAAUCAAGUCUCACGAAUACAGGGCGGCAACGCGUCAUUGCUGGCACUUGGCCACGUUUUCCCAGCGCCAGCCGUUGAAAAGGAGGCGACAAGUCCUAUCAACCCCCCCCCACCUCCCCCGUCCAUUCCUCAAUUCGCGACCUCUGCGCCUUCAACCCCAAGCAACCACCCCUUCCACCUCCGCCCUCCCAAACGCAAACCCCAUGAAUGCCUUCGGCCGCGCCGGCCGUUCCAAAUCGUCCCGCGAAGCGCGUCCCACGCCCGUUGCGCCCGCCGCGCCGCGCACGCCGCUGCCCUCCACGGACGCGUCCGUCUCCUCGCGCACGGACCGUCUGCAGGAGCGCCUAGCCGCGCACGACCGCGAGCUGCUGCGCCUCCGCGGGCAGCUACGCGCCACGAAGAAGGAGACGCGGCAGCACCGCUUCUACGCUAAGCGCGCCGCCCGCGUGCUGCAGCAAAAGAAGGCGCUGGAGAAGCGCCUCGCGGCCGCCAUGGACAUGCGCUACAACCUCACCAUCGCGCAGGACGAGGCCGAAGCCACCGCGGAGCUCUCUAGACUGCAGCCUCGCCGCACGCACGCCGGCGAGAUGGCGCACACAGCGGACUUGCUGCGCGAUUUGAACCAUCCCGCACCGGGGGAGGUCGAGGAUGUGCUGGACGAUGUUCAGGAGCAGAUGAGGGAGAUACAAGAGGUCACCCAGAUCCUGGGGAGCGAGGACUUUUUGAAUGAGGGAGGCGUCGAUGAUGCCGAGUUGGAGGAAGAGCUGAUGAGGGAGAUGGCCGACUUCGAGGCGACGGAAGGGCACGCCGGUGGUAACGAGGACGCAAAUUUUGUCAACAAUGACGACUAUAUGAAGAGAAUAGAUGGCCUUAUGCCCUCGCCGCACCAAGCAGAACCACACCCAUACCGCCCGCCUCCAGCAAGUCAGGAGCCGCGCGCGAAAUCAUCACGACAGCAAAGACCUGCCAGACGAGGGGCUCACUAG